CAAUAUUCGUGUCAUACAUUUUAUUUAUUGUAUAUUAUUACAAAUAUUCAGUGUAGAACUCUAUAAAUCAUGCUAAACAUAAAUAAUUUUUCAACUUCUACUGAGAGAUAAAGAAGUAUGGGACCAAAACAAGUAAAAAAAUGUGUAUCCAACGGUAAAACACGAGUGGACCGAGAACAGCAAACGAAAAACCAGUUCGACCCUCUCCGUUUAGAGGUGAAAUAUCCUGGAACAGCAAUAUUAUUGCUGCAAUGUCAGGAAAAGCCUAUUCUGUUAGCUGCAGCGGCAGCUUUGGCAAAAUUUGGUAGCAAAUGUCAGGAGAACCUAGAAGUUUUGUUUGAUCUUGAAAUUGUAGAUAGCGUGAUACUACUGAUUACACAUGAGGAUUUAUUUACACGAAGAUUCGCAGCAAAAUUGUUGGCCGAAAUGGUAGCCAUCUCCAACGUCCGUGAUUUCCUGUUGGACACCGAGUAUUAUAUCCCGCAUUUCAUUAAAGUCCUUAUCAACGAACAGGAUAUCUUCAUGCAUGAAUUCUCUUCCUUGAUCCUAGCAGAAAUGACUAAAGACAUGUUUGGAGCAGCGCAAUUACUAAAACAGUGUCAGGAUAUGAACUUCCUAUUCGAAAGACUUCAAUCACCAGAUCCUGAUGUGAAGAAGAACACUAUGCAAAUUAUAUAUAAUCUAUUACAAGAUCCUGUGGGAGCGAAGGAGAUCAUUGAGACUAAGAAUUUUAACAUGGAACUCGUUUACGAGCUUUUUAACUCCCCAUAUACUGAGAUACAAAAGCUUGCACUCGAUGUAGUGGCCGAUCUAGUACGAAGAAAUAAAGAUGAUUAUCUGCACGAUCACUUUCGGCGCACGAAUGGACUUGAAGCUUUAUUGAAAUUUUUGGAUAACAUCGAGUGGGAAGAUCUUCAUAUGGAUGCACUCCGGAUCCUUCGCUUUGCCUGCGACAAUCCCACUACAGUAGAAUUGUUCGACGACAUCGGCGGUAUCAAACAGAUAUUAAAGUACAUAGAAGACACAUCACACUCAAAGCUUUUUAUGGAAGCUCUGGAUAUAGCUGUCCGUUUAUCACACACGUCUAGGGGCAGAAAAGCCUUAUAUACCUAUGGGAUCGUCGAUUAUUUAUUGCGUACAUUAAUGGGGAACGUACAAGCUAACAUGUAUGAAAUCAGUUGUCAUGGUAUCGGUAUGAUGACUUUGUACAAUCAAGCAGCCAAGGAAUUAACUGCUAGCAAUUGUGUGAAACAUGUUUUAGAUGUAUUAAAGAACGAAAAUUUGAAAUUUUCCGCUAGACAGGCGGCUUUAUUCGCUUUAAAUCAACUGCUGAAGUGCGACGUGAAGAAUUGUCAAGAAUUAUUAGACAUUCACGGACAGAAUUAUUUGUUAUGGCUGAUGAAACAAACAGGGGGAAAAGUCCCUGUUGAAAUUCUGGUUGGAGUCAUAGAAUGCAUCAUUACAAUAGCAAGAAACCAGGCUUUGAGAGAUACUAUAAUUACGGGAGAUAUCAUCGAUGCCAUAUGUGCAUCUUUCGAAUUGAGCUGUAUAUCGAUGAAUGAUUUCAAAAUCGCUUGCUGUAAAGCUCUGUCCACCAUGUGUAUCGAGAAGAUCGGGAAGCAAGAAUUUCUGAAGGCUCAAGGGCCUGAAAGAUUAUAUAAUCUAUUGUGCGACGUUAAAUCGAUCCCGAUAAGGAACGCAGCCGCCCAAUUGAUUCAAUUAUUAUGCGCAGAUCCGGUUCUGGCAGAUACUUUCGUACAGACGCAAUUUCAUCGUACGAUUUACGAAAAUGAUAAUUAUAGCAUGCUGAACAACCGAUCGACGGCGCGAGUAGUUCCUUCAUGGGACACAUGCAUAGAAGUCUUGUUUGACGCGCAUCUGCCGAUCAAGUUCGCUUUAACUGGACGACUUUCUUUGCAUGACAUCACACGAGAUGGAUUUUAUGUACUCCGAAGAAACGUCUGCGCUUUUCCCAUAUUGGAUGAUGUUUUCCGAUUCAAGUUCUGUCCCUUGGAACCUAUCUACGUGGUUAAUUGCAUUCGUGAGGAACUACAUGAAUCGAACUUGGAAGAGGGUAAACAAGAAAAUACACAUACCAUCAAUAAGAGAAACGUUUUCUUGUCCCAGGCAAUAUUACAUUUAACGAUGGAUUCCAAAUUUUGUCGCCUACAGUGCGAUUCAUAUCUCUAUGAUUACAUAGAAUUGUUUAAAUGCAAGUUAAUCGCCCGGAGUCGAAAGACGUGUAAGAAAAUUAUUCUAAGUUUUUCUCCGCGUGAAUCCUAUAAGUAUCAUGGUUUUCUAUUCAGAGUGUCAAAGACGACACAAGGAUUUGUAAAUAUUAACUACGUGGCCUCGCGUGCUAAGAUGCUGGCCAAGUUUGUGGUCCAACAAAUGUCAGGUCCGGAUCCUCUAAUCAGAUGCGUGGAUCACCAGCUAGAAAUUCAUUUGAAGGAAAUCAAAGAAAGUAUAGAAACUAGUGUAAUCCCGUUGGGAAUGUUGAGAGUUGGUUCCUAUCUCGAAAGAGCCUUGCUUUUCAAAGUAAUCGCUGAUAGAGUACAUUUACCAGCAGCUUUAGUACGAGGACAGUAUGGAAAAGCCUGGAUCGAAAUUGCAGUCCCGGAGGUGAGAGUCCCAAUUGAGGAAGAGACUUUUCACUGUUAUCUAAAGAGAGACCUAUCUUGCCCAGAAGUUAUCACAAUCAAUGAACCUCUAAAAGAAUACCCUCAAAAAUACGAAGAUUCAAGUCUUACUCCCAAAGAUCAUUGUUCAUCGAAUUUCCCAACGAAAUUAUUAAAACCGAAUUUUAUCGUUGAUUUGAUGGACUGUCCCGGAGACUUGUUGCCAAUUGGCAGUAAUCGUGCCAGAUUAUACUGUGAAAAAAAAUUAACCUGCGAUACUGUGUGUUAG